AGGAAGGCGGCGUAGAGAGAAGAGCGCGGCUCGGUCAGGAAUGUUUACCCUUGCAGAAGUUGCAUCUCUGAAUGACAUACAGCCAACGUACCGAAUUCUGAAACCAUGGUGGGAUGUAUUUAUGGAUUAUCUGGCAGUUGUAAUGCUCAUGGUUGCUAUAUUUGCUGGAACCAUGCAGUUGACCAAAGAUCAGGUGGUUUGUUUGCCUGUGUUACAGUCUGCUGUAAGUGCAAAAAUGCAACCCAGCCCCUUGGGAAGUGCCAAAGCUGCCAAUAUGCCAGAAUUCGAAACACCAGCUAUUCAAGACAAAGACAAACAGGCAACCAUGACUGUAUCUCUUGACACCACACCUGUCACUACGCCUGAUGUACGUAGAACUGCCUAUCCACCAUUACACUCAACUGCUGCAAGCCAGGAAGUAAAGAAGGAGCAAAAAGAUUUUCUGGGCCGUAAGACUAACUUGGAUUAUCAGCAAUAUGUUUUCAUUAACCAGAUGUGUUAUCAUGUGGCUCUUCCUUGGUAUUCGAAAUACUUUCCCUACUUAGCUCUUAUACACACAAUUAUUUUAAUGGUCAGUAGCAAUUUUUGGUUUAAAUACCCAAAAACCUGCUCGAAAAUUGAGCAUUUUGUCUCUAUUUUAGGAAAAUGCUUUGAAUCCCCUUGGACUACAAAAGCAUUGUCUGAAACGGCGUGUGAAGACUCUGAGGAGAACAAACAGAGACUAACUGGGGCCCAGUCCCUGCCAAAGCACGUAUCAACUAGUAGCGAUGAAGGAAGCCCAAAUGCCAGUACCCCCAUGAUCAACAAGACUGGUUUCAAGUUUUCAGCAGAAAAGCCAGUUAUCGAAGUCCCAGGUAUGACCAUUUUGGACAAAAAAGAUGGAGAGCAAGCCAAAGCACUCUUUGAAAAAGUACGAAAAUUCCGGGCUCACGUGGAGGACAGUGAUUUGAUUUAUAAGCUCUAUGUUGUUCAGACUGUCAUCAAAACUGUAAAGUUCAUAUUUAUUCUCUGCUACACGGCCAAUUUUGUCAAUGAAAUCAGUUUUGAGCAUAUCUGCAUGCCCAAAGUGGAACAUCUGACUGGCUACCAAGAAUUUGAAUGCACACACAAUAUGGCUUACAUGUUAAAAAAGUUGCUUAUCAGUUAUAUUUCUCUCAUCUGUGUCUAUGGUUUUGUCUGUCUGUACACUCUCUUCUGGUUGUUUCGGUUACCCCUGAAGGAGUACUCUUUUGAAAAAGUUAGAGAAGAGAGCAGUUUCAGCGAUAUUCCAGAUGUUAAGAACGAUUUUGCUUUUCUCUUACACAUGGUUGACCAGUAUGAUCAGCUUUACUCCAAGAGGUUUGGUGUAUUCCUGUCAGAGGUCAGUGAAAACAAACUGAGGGAAAUAAGUUUGAACCACGAAUGGACUUUCGAAAAAUUGAGGCAACACGUUUCCCGCAAUGCUCAGGAUAAGCAAGAAUUACACCUUUUCAUGCUAUCGGGAGUCCCAGAUGCGGUUUUUGAUCUGACAGAUUUAGAUGUGUUAAAACUCGAGCUGAUUCCUGAAGCAAAAAUCCCCGCUAAAAUAUCCCAGAUGACUAACCUCCAAGAGCUACAUCUCUAUCAUUGCCCUGCAAAGGUGGAGCAGACAGCCUUCAGUUUUCUUCGUGACCACCUGAGAUGCUUGCAUGUGAAAUUUACUGAUGUUGCAGAGAUACCAGCUUGGGUCUACUUGCUUAAAAAUCUCCGAGAGUUGUAUUUAGUAGGCAACUUGAAUUCUGAAAACAAUAAAAUGAUAGGACUUGAAUCACUUAGAGAGCUAAGGCACCUUAAGAUUCUCUACGUGAAAAGCAAUUUGACCAAAAUUCCAUCUAAUAUCACAGAUGUAGCACCACAUCUCACCAAGCUGGUAAUUCAUAACGAUGGUACCAAGCUUUUUGUACUGAAUAGCCUUAAGAAAAUGAUGAAUGUAGCAGAAUUAGAGCUGCAGAACUGUGAAUUGGAACGUAUUCCCCAUGCCAUUUUUAGUCUCACUAACUUGCAGGAACUAGAUCUAAAGUCGAAUAACAUACGCACAAUUGAAGAAGUCAUUAGCUUCCAACAUUUAAAAAGACUAACUUGUCUGAAAUUGUGGCACAACAAAAUAGUCAACAUUCCUUCUUCCAUUACUCACGUUAAAAACUUGGAGUCACUUUAUCUCUCCAACAAUAAACUCGAAUCCUUACCUGUUGCAGUAUUCAGUUUACAGAAACUCAGAUGCUUAGAUGUAAGCUACAACUCCAUUGCGGUGAUUCCUGUGGAAAUAGGGUUGCUUCAAAAUCUCCAGCACUUGCUUCUCACAGGAAAUAAAGUGGAUAUUUUGCCAAAACAGCUGUUUAAGUGCUCCAAGUUGAGAACUUUGAGUUUGGGACAAAAUUGCAUCACCUCAAUUCCAGACAAAAUUGGUCAGCUGUUGCAACUAACUAACUUGGAGCUGAAGGGGAACUGUUUAGACCGUCUACCAGCCACUUUGGGUCAGUGUCGGCUUCUCAGGAAAAGUGGACUAAUUGUAGAAGAUCAUCUUUUUGAUACGUUGCCCUCAGAAGUUAAAGAAGCGUUGAAUCAAGAUACAAGCAUUCCCUUUGCUAAUGGGAUUUAAACAAAGCUCGAACCUGGUGACCAAUAUAGAUCAUAAUUAAAGAGCACACUAAUAAAAUGUUGUGUUGAGAAUUUUGGAACUCUUUCUUUUUAUAAGAAAGGACUGUUAAGGCUGGCAGAUGUCCUUUGGUGUUUGUAGUAUUUUUAAACAUCACUUCCAGAAUUUUUGGAGAGCGAAGAAGAAGGGGUGGGUAAUCCUUAAAAACAAUCUUGAUUUUUGUUUCCCUUAUAAGAUGUUUGUAACAUGGAUGCUGCCGCUUUUGAAUGUUUACAAAUUGCUUGCCUGCUUAAUGUACAUGAUUAAAUUGGUGACCUUUUCUUACUAUAAAUA